AUGACUUUCCGCGCGAUACUCCUCGGCUUCCAGGGCUCCCCUCUCGUGCCUCAACUCGAAUACGUCAACGAGAGGAUGCUGUCCCUCGGCUGGGACUCCUACAUCUACCUGAUGCCCAGCGAGAGAAGCCGGGAAGCAGCCGCCAAGGAAAUGGAUGACGCCUUUCGCGAUUUACAGCUCCAUACCGACUCUGAAGAUGACAAGCUGGUGGUCUUUUACGCUGGAUACAUUUGCGGUGCGAUGGAUGCCACCGCUCCGAACCGAGCUGCGAUGUAUUGCCACAGCGAAAGCACCGACUCCGCGAACCGGUCCGAGGUCGUGAAUGUCAACAUGACUCCUCGAUUGCAGCGCUUGUGGAAUGAAAUGCCGAAUGAUGUGCUCUUGAUCAUGCAGACCCCUUGGAAUGCGGCGCCCUGUGCGGUCCCAACUGCGACCAUGCAGAUGUGGGGUCUCCUGAAGCCAGAGGAACACGAAGGUCGAAAUGUGCAAAUGAUGUCCAUACUCUACGAGGAUUCGCGGGCGCCGAGACCUGUUGCCGUCCAUCCAGCUUACACGGCUCCACCUCCGCUUCAUCUUCGGGAACCUGGAUGGGAUAUCGGCGACAGAUUGGUGACAUUUGCGCGUCGAGGCGACUCUGUUCGACAACUCUUCGAGGAGCUGUAUCAGAAUUGGCUCAAAUGGCAGACGAGUGCAACUGUCGGUAUUGAACGGAGCCAAAUACUUGUCAACACGCUUUGUGGCGACUCAGCGUUCUUUCGACUGACAAGCAGUGGCUGA